AAUCUGUGUGUGAUUCCCAUAGUCGGCAUGGGAGGAAUUGGCAAGACCACCCUUGCUCAACUUGUAUAUACGGACAAGAUGGUGAAGGAGCAUUUUGACCUUCAAGCAUGGAUUUGUGUUUCUGAUGAAUUUGACGUGUUAAAGCUUACGAAAACAAUUUUAGAGGAAGUAGGUUCGUCUGCUAAUACCGAUAGUAAGAAUCUAAAUCUUCUUCAACUUACACUAAAUGAGAAAUUGAUGGGGAAAAAAUUUUUUCUCGUUCUAGAUGAUGUUUGGAAUGAGAAUUAUGUUGAUUGGAAGAUGUUAAGCAAGCCAUUUAAAUCUGGGGCAUCUGGAAGUAUGGUCAUUGUAACUACACGCAAUGAUGAUGUUGCAUCACUCAUGCGCACUGUUCCGACUCAUCGUCUGAAGAUGUUACUGGAAGAAGAUUGUUGGUCACUAUUUGCAAAACAUGCAUUCCUCGAUGGCAUCUCUGAUGCACAUCCAGAGCUAGAAGGAAUUGGUAGACAAAUUGUCAAAAAGUGUGAGGGCCUACCUUUAGCAGCCAAGACGAUUGGGGCUCUCCUGCGAUCUAAACUAGAUGUGGAUGAAUGGGAGAAGAUAUUGAAGAGCGAACUAUGGGAUUCGCCAAUUGACAAGACAAACAUUCUUCCAGCUUUAAGAUUAAGUUACAAAUAUCUUCCACCACAAUUAAAGCAAUGUUUUGCUUAUUGUUCAAUAUUUCCCAAGGAUUAUGUUUUAGAAAAAGAUCAAGUAGUCCUAUUAUGGAUGGCAGAAGGUUUUUUAGAAGAAACUAGAAACAAAGGAAUGGAAGAUGUUGGUGAAGACUACUUCCGUGCUUUGGCAUCAAGAUCAUUGUUGGAACAAUCAAGUGCCAAUAAAUCAGGUUUUAUAAUGCAUGAUCUUGUCAAUGACUUGGCAAAAUUUGUGUCUGGACAAUUUACCUUUAGAUUGGAGGUUGACAAUUCUCAAGAAAUUUCGAACAAGACUCGCUAUUUGUCUUAUUUUAGAAAUGAAUUUGAUAACCUUAAGAAGUUUGAGGUUCUUUACGAGGCUACUCGAUUGCACACAUUCUUGCCAUUGGAGUUGUCACCAUCAAGUCAUGAUGACUACUUUUUAACAAAAAAAGUACCACUUGACUUACUGCCAAUUCUAAGCUCACUGCGGGUGCUCUCUCUAUCUCAAUAUCAAAAUAUGAUUGAGUUACCUAAAUCAAUUGGCAAAAUUAAGCAUCUACGUUAUUUGAACAUUUCUUCCACUGCAAUUCGAAAGUUGCCUGAUUCCAUGUGUAAGUUAUGCAAUUUGCAAACAUUGAAUUUAUCAGGUUGUAAAGAUCUUUCGGUAUUACCAAGAGAUAUGCAGAAACUCGUUAAUUUACGUCAUCUUGAUAUUACUGGAACUGCUAUAAAGGAGAUGCCAAUGCAGUUGAGUAGACUAAAAUGUUUACAAACAUUAACUAAAUUUAUCAUCAGCAAACAUAAUGGAGCUUACAUUGAAGAGUUGGGAAAACUUUCAAAUCUUCGAGGAAGGCUUUCUAUUUUAGAACUCCAAAAUGUUGUAUCUCCGACGGAUGCUUUGAAAGCAUGCUUGAAAGAAAGGAAGUAUCUUGAGGAGUUGGUGUUGGAAUGGAAUGCAUUAGAUACUAAUAUUUCAAAAUGUCAAAAAUCUGUACUUGACAAUCUUCGGCCUCAUUGUAACUUGAAAACUCUUACUAUCAACAACUAUGUCGCUGAAACUUUUCCAGAUUGGGUCGGCCAUCAUUCAUUCUUUAAUAUAGUGUCCCUUCGCUUAGAAAACUGUAGACAUUGUUGUAACUUACCACCACUUGGGCAACUAUGCUCUUUGCGGGACCUCUUUGUUGUUGGGUUUGAAGAAGUAGUUAUAGUGGAUAGUGAGUUUUAUGGGAGCGAUUCUUUAUCAGCUAAGCCAUUUGGAGCCUUGAAAGUUCUAAGGUUCGAGCAAAUGUUGAAGUGGGAGGAAUGGUCUUCUUUUGGAGCUGAAAAUGAAGGCGGACCUUUUCCUCAACUUGAAGAGCUUUAUAUUAGUUUAUGCCCCAAGCUAACAGGAGAGCUGCCCAUCCAUCUUUCUUGUUUAGCCAAACUUGAAAUUCUUGAAUGUCCGCAGUUGGCUGCCUCACUCCCAAGGGCUCCUUCUUUGCACGAAUUGUAUUUAAAAAAUUGUAAUGAGGUUCAGUUAAAGGAAUUGCCAACCGGACUGCAGAAGCUCAAAAUUGAAGGAUUUGGCGCACUAGAGUCUCUUCCCCAAGGACUGGUGGACUCCAACGUUUCAUCCCUUGAAACGUUGGAGUUGGACAAUUGUGAUUUCCUCAAGUCAUUUCCAUUAGAUUUAUUCCCGAAGCUUUAUAAAAUCAACAUCUCUGGGUGUACGAAUCUGGAAUCAUUUACAGCUUCAGAACAAGAUGGACGUGAUUUAGUGACCUUGCAUAUUCACAUCAGGAAUUGCCCGAAUUUUGUAUCUUUUCCAAAAGGAGGAAUUCGUGCCCCCAACCUUAAAUACUUUUGUGUCAUUAAUUGUGGAAGUCUGAGGUCACUGCCAGAGAAGAUGCAUAUACUCCUUCCCUCUCUUGAGUAUUUUCAUAUAAGUGAUUGUUCAGAAGUUGAAUUGUUACCUGAAGGAGGCUUUCCUACCAAUCUGGGACUUCUUGCUGUUAUUUCUUGUGAGAAACUCUUUGCCAGUCGAAUGGAGUGGGGUUUGCAAAAACUCUCGUCUAUUAGAGAUUUGAUUAUCGAAAGGACUACAACACCUCACCUCUCUUCAAGAAUUGGUGGUCCGUGA